AUGCAGCGCAGAGUGGUGCUGGCGACACACCGUGACAGCGGAAGACUGGUGGCUGUGAAAAUAGUCCACAAGUCGUAUCCAACUGGCAAUGAACCAGCCGAGAUCCUCAAUGAGCGCAUAGCCCUGGAGAAGGCUGGGGGCAGUCUUUUCUGUGACCAUGCUUAUGCCACAUUCCAGACGGAGAAUCACUUAUUCUUUGUUUUGAACUACAUGAGAGGAGGAGAUCUGGUUAACAUGUUGGAGAACAUGGGCAUGGUGGACUACUCGAUCCCAUUUGAACUCCCCACGCUCAAACUCCUGGCAGCGGAGCUUGUGUGUGGUCUGCAGCACCUGCAUUCCAGAGGCAUCGUUCACAGGGACAUCAAGAUUGAUAAUAUUCUUAUAGACAGAAACGGACAUGUGAAGAUUGCGGAUUACGGCAUAGCAGUAACCAACGUGUAUGGAUUCAACAUGGUGACAGAAUACCUUGGAUUUAUGCUAAAUGGGGCUCCAGAAAUGAUGUUCGAACUUCCGUAUGAUGGAGCCGUGGAUUACUUUGCAUUGGGGGUCUUCCUAUUUGAGCUAUACUUUCCUUUACCCCUCUAUAAUGGCCGUUACGGUAAUCCAAAAAACAUAAUGUAUGAAGUGCCAUGCUACCCAGACGACGCUGACCCCGACCUCAAGGACCUUCUGGAAAAGCUCCUGUGUAAAGAUCCAUGCAGGCGCAAUGAUUUCAUUGCCGACAUACAAGAUCAUCCAUUUUUCAACGGCAUAAACUGGAAGGAACUGGAAGCGGGGGAGGCACCCCCUCCUUUUUUCGUACAAAGGAAGGGCUUCAGAAACUUAACAAGAGAGACGAUAAAACCGGAAGACCUGAUGAACAACAUAGAUAAAUGGGGAAUACCUAUAAAACCAAUUUCAGCUGAGAAACAGAAGAUGUUUGAGGGCUUUUCCUUUGUCAGUGAUGAAUGGAAAGCCAUGCAGAAGCUGAAGUGAAGCCAAACAUACCAGGUUGUUGGGAUCAGGGUAGAGGUGAGGGGGUUGUGCUAGGAGGGAUUAGGGGAGUUGUGGUAGGAGGAGAGAUAGGGGAGUUGUGAUAGGAGGAGAGAUAGGGGAGUUGUGGUAGGAGGAGACAUAGGGGAGUUGUGGUAGGAGGAGACAUAGGGGAGUUGUGGUAGGAGGAGACAUAGGGGAGUUGUGGUAGGAGGAGACAUAGGGGAGUUGUGGUAGGAGGAGACAUAGGGGAGUUGUGGUAGGAGGAGACAUAGGGGAGUUGUGGUAGGAGGAGACAUAGGGGAGUUGUGGUAGGAGGAGACAUAGGGGAGUUGUGGUAGGAGGAGAGAUAGGGUGGGCUGUGCUAGGGAGAUGAUUUGGGAAGGUUUGUGCUAGGAGGGGGGACCUAGCGCUCUUUUCAAACCAUCUACAACCAUAAGCUAGAAGGGGGAAUUUGGGUAGAGGGGGAUGGAUUGUGCUAGGAGAGGGAUUUAAAAGCAGGUG